CGCUUCGCUCCCCACGGGCACCUGGGACCGGCACAUGCCUAGCGCACGCGGCGCGCCGCGCUGCUAGAAGUUGCAGCCCCGGAGUUGGAGGACCGAGCGCAGGAGGAAGGAGGCUCCGGCGGCGGGCGGGCGAGGCGGCGGCGGCGGCGGCGGCGAGCCCCGGGCCGGGCCCCGCGCACCGCUCGCGUCCCGGAAAGUGGAGCUGCAACUUGGCCGCGACUGAACCUGUUUGCACCGCUCCGCCGAGGGCGACCCGGCUGCGGCGGCGACGGCGAUCCCGGCCCUCGGCCUCUUUGGCAAGUGGUUUGUGCUGCAGAGAAACUUUCCACCUGUGAGCCGGACCGGCGCUAAGUGCGUGUGUUUUUGCCUCUUUUUUGUUGCUGUCGCCUCCACCUCUCCCCAUUCUUCUCUCUGCCAGGACCUCUCCCCGCGACCCACGGCUCGUUCCGUCUGAGCCCCUCUCCGUCCCCCCCGCCCCCCGGCCGUCUAUGCUCCAGGCCCCCUCCUCGCGGUGCCGGUGAACCCGCGAGCCGCCCCGAUGUACAGCAUGAUGAUGGAGACCGACCUGCACUCGCCCGGCGGCGCCCAGGCCCCCACGAACCUGUCGGGCCCGGCCGGGGCGGGCGGGGGCGGCGGUGGCGGCGGCGGCGGCGCGGGAGCCAAGGCCAACCAGGACCGGGUGAAGCGGCCCAUGAACGCCUUCAUGGUGUGGUCCCGCGGACAGCGGCGCAAGAUGGCCCAGGAGAACCCCAAGAUGCACAACUCGGAGAUCAGCAAGCGCCUGGGCGCCGAGUGGAAGGUCAUGUCCGAAGCCGAGAAGCGGCCUUUCAUCGACGAGGCCAAGCGGCUGCGCGCGCUGCACAUGAAGGAGCACCCGGACUACAAGUACCGGCCGCGCCGCAAGACCAAGACGCUGCUCAAGAAGGACAAGUACUCGCUGGCCGGCGGGCUGCUGGCGGCAGGCGCGGGCGGCGGCGGCACGGCCGUGGCCAUGGGCGUGGGCGUGGGUGUGGGCGCGGCGGCAGUGGGCCAGCGCCUCGAGAGCCCGGGCGGCGCGGCGGCCGGCGGCUACGCACACGUCAACGGCUGGGCCAACGGCGCCUACCCCGGCUCGGUGGCGGCGGCGGCGGCCGCCGCGGCCAUGAUGCAGGAGGCGCAGCUGGCCUACGGGCAACAUCCGGGCGCGGGCGGCGCGCACCCGCACGCGCACCCGGCGCACCCCCACCCGCACCACCCGCACGCGCACCCGCACAACCCGCAGCCCAUGCACCGCUACGACAUGGGCGCGCUGCAGUACAGCCCCAUCUCCAACUCGCAGGGCUACAUGAGCGCCUCGCCCUCGGGCUACGGCGGCCUCCCCUACGGCGCCGCGGCCGCCGCAGCCGCCGCCGCGGGCGGCGCGCACCAGAACUCGGCCGUGGCGGCGGCGGCGGCGGCGGCGGCCGCGUCGUCGGGCGCCCUGGGCGCGCUCGGCUCGCUCGUCAAGUCGGAGCCGAGCGGCAGCCCGCCGGCCCCGGCGCACUCGCGGGCGCCGUGCCCCGGGGACCUGCGUGAGAUGAUCAGCAUGUACUUGCCGGCCGGCGAGGGCGGCGACCCGGCGGCGGCGGCGGCCGCAGCCGCGGCGCAGAGCCGGCUGCACUCGCUGCCGCAGCACUACCAGGGCGCGGGCGCGGGCGUCAACGGCACGGUGCCCCUGACGCACAUCUAGGGACGCGGGGGGCCCUGCGGCCGGCGACGGGCCGCCUGGCUUUUGUACAGACGUUUCCACGUUCUCGUAAACAGGCAAACACUGGCGCCGAGCACCAGGUGACACCCGGCCCCCCUAACCGGGAGCUCCUGGGGACCGCUAGGCGGGACCGUUGUGCGUUUGAGACUGAACUUCGGUGUUUUCUUGAGACUUUUUGUACAGUAUUUAUCACCCGCGGAGGCAGAAAGCGUUUUCUUUGCUCGAGGGGACACAGAGACCAAACCAUGCGAGAGGCGACGCCAGCUUUUUUCUAUCCCGGCCGCGCGCCCGCCCUCCGGCCGCAUCGCCUCCUGACGGCGUCGGGUGCCGGCGACGCGGGGAGCUGUUCUCAUUUGUUAUCGGUGUAGUGAGCCGGAGCCAAGCACACGCUUUUGGUGGUCGUUACCGCCUUGGGGGAUUGGUUGGUUAAUUUAUACCAAGAGAUCCCCACUCGCACCCCUCUCAGACGGCAGCGUUAUUCUGGGUUUUGUAAAACUUUCUGUAUCUGAGCAUUUCCGGGUUUUUGUUUUGUAUUAUUUCAUGUAAACGCGUUGUGCAGUUUUUAUUGGAGGCGUUGCGGUGUGGGGAGGAGGAUUCAGAUUAUGUACAUAGUUUCCCGAAAAGCCUUUCUGCUCAAAACGGUAAAGGAACCUCCACCCUAAAAGUGCAUCGAGCUUUGAGUCAAUAAAUUUGAGAGAGAAAAGUCCGGUUUUUCCCCCUAAACUUGAAACGUGCUAAAUUUAGAUUCAUGUUUUAUGAGCUCAAAACACAAUCAGUAAAUCUGACUAAGGAGAAAGAAAAAUUAUCAGCAUGAACUAAAACGGAGGGAACACCAGGGGAGAGGGUACGGUUUUCAUGGAGCUGCAUUCAGAGGAACGGAGGGAAGUUAAAAUCGGUAGAUUAUU